UGCUUCUCUAAUGUUAUUAAGUUUUUAAUUUGAUUCUUGUUUUGAUCAAUAGUUCAAUGAUAAAUUCUUAAAAUUGGGUUAAAAUCAUCAUGCAAUUAAAUUAAUUAAAUUCUUAUAGAAACAAUCAAAUAAGAAAGAAGUAAAAGGUGUGAAUACAUAAAAUACACGGUUUAUGUCUUAUCAAUACACAUUUUUGCCUCAAUAACGUAACUUAUAACAAUUUUUUUUUGAAACUUUAAACAUAAAAUCUGUUGACUUUAAAAAUAUUAUUAAUUUAAGCUAUAAAUAAUAGCUUUUAACUAGUUUAAGUGAUUGAAUAGUACAAAAAUAUAAAGGUUGAAUCUAUGCCACCGCUAAAAAAGAAGAGACGAGCGUCGAGCUUCAAGGAAAUUAAGGAGAUAAGGAAAGAUGAAUUAUCUCAUAAUAAACAGAACAAAAAGUCGUCAAAUGUUCAGAAAACUUAUGAAGUUUCUGAAAUAUUAAGUAUGUAUUGACUUUAUAUCAUCUGAUUCUUCCUGAUUAAACUUAUAUUAACGUGUUGUAAAGGCUGCAGAUUAGAUCCAGGAGCAACACAAGUUAAUCUUCAAUUUCUCGUAUCUUGGAAUGGAUAUGGACCUGAAAACAACUCGUGGGAACCUUUAGACAGUCUUAGACUAAAUACAGUCUUUAUCAACUAUAUUAAUCAAAAAUUUAAUGAAUUUGAAGCUGAUAUUUUUGUGAACAUAGCCAACAUAAAAGAAAAGAUUAAGUUUAAGCGUCGCAAAGCACUUAAUGAAGAACUGAAGGUCGUCAUUAUGAUGCAGAAGGUCUUUCCAUUCGAUCCAUUUGAAUAUAAAGUUCAUCAAGUAAUUUUCCAUAUCAUGAGUGAUCCACCAAAGAAGUUUAAAGCACAUCUUGAAGAUUUAGUCUUUAGAAAUCAUUUCUUCAAGCUUGAUGAAGUACAAAGAAUCAAACAAGACAAGCUGGCAAAGGAAAUAACUGAAAAGGAAUUCAUUACAGUAAUUGUUGAGAAUGACGUCGAUUUUGAAGCUCCACCAGAAUUUAAUUAUGUUAACAAGAAUGUCUGUACGGAUGACAUGAUGCUUGCAAAUGAAACGAUGUUAAACUCAACAGCUUUGAAUCUAGAUAACAUUAAAGGAUGUGCGUGUGGACCUGACAAGUGUAAUAAGGAAUCAAAAGGUUGCUGUCCAAAUUUAUUGAAUUUACCAUUUGCGUACAAAGUGACUAGACACACAAAAGUCGUCAGACUCCUUCGACAAGAACCCAUCAUUGAAUGUUGUGAUAGUUGCUUGUGUGACAAAGACUGUUUAAAUCGUGUAACUCAACAGAGACGCAAUCUCUCAUUGUGCCUUUUUAAGACAGAAAAUCGUGGAUGGGCUGUAAAGACAUUAGCAACAAUAAGACGAGGUGUCUUCAUACUCGAAUAUACUGGCGAACUUAUGGGAAAUAUUGAAGCUGGAAAACGAGAACAGACUGAAUACCUUUUUGACCUUAACAUGGAUCGUUUAAGUCACGGAUUUUACACAAUUGAUGCCUUUUAUUAUGGAAAUCUUGCCAGAUUCAUUAAUCAUUCCUGUGAUCCUAACUCAAGCAUUUGGAUUAUAAGUGACUGUACAAAGGAUCCAAAGAAUCAAAAACUGUGCAUUUUUGCCUUACGACAAAUUGAAAAGGACGAAGAGAUAACAAUCGACUACAGUCCAAUAGAAUCUGUUCCAACAACCGAAAGAAUGAAUUGUUCUCGCUCAUUCUAUAUUGAGUGCCAUUGCGGAUCGAAAGCAUGUCGUGGUACAAUUUAUUAAUGUUUAACUUGGGGUUCUUUAUUUUUUGAAUAAGUAAAUGACACACAAAUCUGCAAGUUGACUCGAAUUACGAAAAAUGUAGAAAUAAGAGAUAGCUACUUACACAAUUGGAACAAAGAGAAGAGCAUUUAUGCUUACUAAUAUUAAAGAUAAGAAUGUGUACUUAUGAAAUACAGCACAAAAGAUUCGAAUCAACUUGACUGACUCGAUUAUUUUUUUAAGGAUAAUACAAAUUGUUUUUUAAAUUUAUUUGCGUUGAUUAUAGCUUUUC